AUGGGGUAUAACAGGGGGUUAAAGUUUGGUACAGUGUUCACUAUAUUGAUAGUUUUAGUUGCAAUUUACUAUAGAAGUUCAGAGGAUAUUCUGCAGAAACGUUUGCAAGCUUUAAUUUAUGGCUUGGAAAAGCUUGAAAAUAAACACGUGAUGACUUCACGACCAACAGUUGCAAUAGGUUAUGGAAUGUGUACUGAUGUAUAUGUCAAUGCUAAAGAGUUAUUGAACUAUUCCGAACAAGUUGGACGACCACAACAUUUUAAUGAAAUUAAUACAGAGUUAGAACUUUUAAAAAGUUUCGCCUAUUAUUUUCGUCAUGGAGCUGCAGCAGAAAGAUACAUGGCGAAUAGGACAUUGUUUGAUGAGCUUGUUGCAAAAGCUCGUUCAUUUCCAUCUUCAUAUUCUACCAUUGGUGGUAAUGCAGCAAUUAUGGCAUUAAGGUUUGCAAGAGAAGGAUGUGAUGUAACACUUGCUGCAAAACUGACUAGAUCCCUUCAUCAAAUGAUGCCACAAGUUAUUAAUAUUGUAGGAGGUGAAUUAAAAAGAGAUGAUAUUCAUUUAGUAAUAGAAUAUAAACAUGGAGAUGUUUGGGGUCCAUAUUCAAGUGCUAGAGCUAAUAGGUAUAUAAUUCACAAUGAUGUCAAUAACCCAAAGAUUAGUUCUCUUGAUGCAUUUGAUAAACUUCUGUCAACAUACCAACCUAAUUUACUUGUUAUUAGUGGACUACAAAUGAUGGAUAAUUAUCCAUUCCCAAAUGGCGAUAGAGAAAAACUUUUAUACAAAGUAAAGAGGCAAAUGAUAAAUCAAUCUGUAUCAACUAAAAUUCAUUUUGAAAUGGCUUCAUUCGCGGAAGAUAAAUUACUUUUUGAACUAUGCAAUUCAAUUAUACCAUUUGCCGAUAGUAUAGGAAUGAAUGAGCAAGAAAUAGCUAAUUUGUACAAUGCAAUGUAUUAUGGAAAUAUUUCAUUAGUAGCAAAUUCAACGCCACGUAUAGCAACAGUCUUAGAUCAAAUGCGGACAUUAUUUAAAUUAUUACGUAUAAGAAAUAAGACUAUCAAUAAUUCUCGAGAAGUAACGAGAAUGCAUGUACAUACAUUAGCAUACCAAGCUAUACUUACUGUAAAAGGCUCUAUGUGGAAAAAUACAAUGGCUGCAGCAGCUAAAGCAUCACUGACAGCUCACAGACAUGUAUGUGCAACAAGUCAUAUCGAUAUUAAGAAAGCAGCGCUGAUUUUAGAUGAUAGUUUUUCUACAUCUCUUGUUGAUGGGACCCGGAUAGCAUUAAAUACUGAUAAACCAGUGUCGUGUUGGGAAGAAAUAUUAAAAAUAGAAAACAAAGAUAUUUCUAUUCAAGUAUGUGUGGCACCAGUAUUAGUUUGCACUGAAGCCGCGCAAACGGCUGGCGGUGGAGAUAAUAUUUCAAGCGCGGGUCUUGUAUUGCAGAUCUAAUAUACUUUGUAUGUUUUAAAAUAGUUGAAGAACACUAAAUUUUCGUACCAUUCUACUUUGACACUCACAGAGUGAAAUUAGACUUCAGUGCACAUCAGUUCUUAAAACUUAGAUCACAGUUCAUUCCAUGAGGUAUCAUUCCAAGAAACAACAUAUUUAUCAUUAUUUUCUGAUA